GCGCCCACGUGGCACACUUUGAAUUUCAUGUGGACAAGCUUCACACUUUGUUGCUGAAUUUUCUUUCUUUCUCUUCCAAUUGAUCUCUCUCUCUCUCUCUCCUCUCUCCAAUCCCAUAGGAGUAGAUCCCAACGAAUCUUCUCUUUCCCUCAUCAACAAAAUCCCACUCUCUUUUUUUUUUUUUAAUUCCCAACAACCAAUCAAACUUUUCGAUUUCUCUGGGUUUUAUUUUUUUUUUCAAUAGAAAAAAAAAAUGAGAGCUUUGAAUUCCCAUUUCGUGCUGAUCGAUCUGCACACUUCGUGGCACUCAUCUCAGCAGAUUCCCAAUUCCACCUUCUCCUACCUCGACAAAUGCAGAUCGGCGGCGGCGGGUCCUUCUUUCUCUGCCGCAUUUCGUCGAGCACGUGGCAGGACCGGGAGGAUCUCGUCGUCCAUGGCGCCGGAGAUUCGCCGGCCGAUGAAUUUUUCCACGGCGGGAAAUGGGUUCUUCUCGUUUUCUUCCAGCACGGCCUCCACUUCGAGUUCCGGCGAUGAUAUGGCGGCCAAUUCCGACAUGGAUUUGUUUCUUGAAAUUGUGCCUUUGAGGAUGAGGCAAGAGCUCUUCAGGCACGAAGACAUUAUGCAGUUGAUUGAGGUUGUUAUGGAUUUGGGAAGGAAGCCCCUUGCUCGAUUUCCGACCGGUGAUUGGGUCAUCUCGGAACAGACGGUCCAGAUUGAGGAUCUAACCCAUGCUAUCUCAAAGGUAGGUGAUUUCUCCGAUGACAAUCGUUCGGGGAUUAAUCACUCUCUACAUCGCAUAAGUGCUAUCAGAAAUCGGAAAAUGCAAAUUAUAGGCCUUACUUGCCGUGUGGGUCGAGCUGUUUCUGGAAGCGCUGAAAUUAUACGGGACCUCGUCGAAAGUGGAGGGUCCAUCUUGGUAAUCGGGCCUCCGGGAGUUGGCAAAACAACAUUAAUCAGAGAAACUGCGAGAAUAUUGGCCGAUGACCAGAGAAAACGAGUAGUUAUUGUCGAUACGUCGAAUGAAAUAGGUGGCGAUGGGGAUGUGCCUCAUUCGGGUAUCGGACGUGCUAGAAGGAUGCAAGUACCUAAUGUUCACAUGCAGCAUAAUGUGAUGAUCGAAGCGGUUGAAAACCACAUGCCGGAAACUAUUAUAAUCGAUGAAAUCGGAACGGAGCUCGAGGCGUUGGCUGCUAGUACAAUUGCUCAAAGAGGAGUACAGCUUGUUGGCACGGCUCACGGGAUUACGAUAGAGAGCAUUAUAAAGAAUCCUUCUUUGCAGAUCCUUGUCGGUGGAAUAGAGAGUGUUACUUUGGGCGACGAGGAAGCACGAAAGAGGAAAGUGCAGAAAACUAUACUCGAAAGAAAAGGACCUCCUUCGUUUACAUGUGCGGUUGAGAUGAUCUCCAAAACCGAGUGUCACGUUCAUCAUAGACUAGAUGCCACUGUGGAUGCUUUGCUGGCGGGAAAAUCCCCGUUGUUUGAAAUCCGACGUGUAAACGAUGAAGCUAGUAAUUCUUCAAUACCGAAUCAACUAACUGAAGAAGAUUGCAUUAGAGAUGCUGAGGUGGCACCGAGGAAAUCCCGGUUGACUAAAGUCAACAAAAGAGUAGAACCUGAAGCUAACAAUUCAUCGAAAUCGAGUCAACCAAUUAAAGAAGACCAUGUGGAAGAGGCGAAAGUGACAGUCGACGAAAAAGAUCAGACCGAUGAAGAGCCUAUCAAGAAAGACGAAGUGCACUACCCUAAGCCCAAGAAAGUCGUAUCUAACGUGCCUGUGAGCAAAAAUAGCAAAAAUACGUACCCGUUAUACGUAUACACUUACAAGAUCCAAGAAACAGAUUUGCUACAAGUAGCGGCUGUGAUGGGGAUCGAGGAUAAAAUCGACAUAACCGAUGAUAUUGGAGCUGCAGAUGCUAUUUUGGCAUCGAGUCAUGAAAUGAAACAGAAUCCUUGGAUUCGUGGUGUGGCGAAGUUUCAUCAGUUGCCUGUAUUUGUUAUCAAGUCGACUGCAAUGGCGCAAAUGGUGAAGGCGGUGCGAAUGAUUCUUGGUAUGGAUAAAUUUAGCUCUACUCAAAAGCAAUCGAUCGGAAAUUCUCUCGAUAUCGAGAUUGAAGAUGACAUGCCGAAGAGAAAGCCAUCAUUGGAGGAGAUUGAUGCCUUGGAGGAAGUGCGACUUGCGAUAGAGUACAUAGUGAUACCGGGCGGUGAGCCAGUGGAACUUCUGCCGAGGCGAUCCGAAAUUGUUGCUCGACAACUUGAGCUGGUCGAGAGUUAUCAGUUAGCUGCUGAAAACUCGGGAACCGAUUCGAACCCUAGACUUCAAAUCCUUCCUCAGAAACUGAACAAGAAAAAACCGAGGCCCGUUUCGAGUUUCGUCAAGCUCGCGGUCCCCAACAUAGUGCCAGGUGGCGGUACGAGUGUUGGUAAGCUACCGUUUCUGCGUGAAUAAAAAAUUCAGCAAAAAUCAUCAGAAGUUGCAGUACAGAUUCAUUUCAUUUCAACCAGUGGUUGAUGUACAUUCAAACUCUUGUACAGUUUGUGUAAUUAAAUGUAUUUUAUUUUUUCUUAUGUAAUAACUGAUUGCUUUAAUACACUGUGACAAAAUUGAUACAAUGUAUAGAUAUUGCAGUUCAGAUAAAUAAAAAUGCUCUUUAAUUUAUUCCUCUUA